UUUUCGUGCUUAGCAACCUCCCGCGUGCAUCCAUAACUCGAUAGUUGCACGCUGCACGCUUACCAUUUCUUCAUUGAAAUUAAGCAAAACAAGCAUAGAACUAUCUCAUUUCUUUCUCUACCUAGCAUUGACCGAUAACAGAUUACUGUCAUGCCAAACGUAACACCGGCAACUUCAUCCAAUAAGGAGACGACUAACUAUGCUCGCUUGUGUCGUCUCCUAGUUGAUGUUGGUACCCAGGCCCUUAGGGACACACUUGAUGCCAUUCACGCACCAACAAAUCUUCACGCAGUUUUGGCGGCAAAUAAGCCGACUUUACAGGGUCUCAGAUCAAGAAGAAUUAUCAAUGCUACGCAAUGGGGCAAGCUCUUCCCUGUCAUUCCUUCUGCAGUGUCUUCGAAAACCUUUGACACUACCCUUACAAUGGUUCUCUUAAGAAACUUGUGCGGUUUGCCUUCUCCAAUAACCGGAUGGGACACACUUCCCGCUGCAACGGACAUGAGUCGUGAGGCGGAUAUUGCUCGUAUUAAGUACUUUAGAAACACCGUGUGCGCGCAUGCCGAACAAGCCUCGGUUGAUGACACAACGUUCAACGCGUACUGGCAAGACAUCCGGGACACUCUGGUGAGACUGGGAGGUGUUAGGUACAGGACGGCUAUUGACAAUUUGGAAACUGAUUGCAUGGACCCCGAAAUUGAAGAUCACUGCAAGCAACUUCUCAGUGAAUGGAAAAAGGACGAGGAUAACAUUAAAGAUGAGCUGAAAGAAAUCGGAACCGAGAUCAGAGAUGUCAAGAAAAUACUUCAUGAUUUAAAAGCAGCAAGUAUGACUAACAGAAAGGAAUCAAGUGAUGGAGCACUUAGUGCAAGCGAAGAAGGUACAAGUUCCAAACUGGAAGAAUUAGUGGAAACCUCUGUCACGUGUAGAGAGAAACAUCACGAGAAUAAGCCUCUCAAUCAUUAUUGUCAGAACUGCAAAGUUUGCAUUUGCGAUAAGUGUGGACAAACACGUCAUGCAAAUCACACCAAGGUGGAUAUCAAACAAGCCGCCGAAGAACAAAAACUCAAGAUGGCGGAGCUUGUGCAGGAAAUGAAAAUAGAGGUUACUGAACACACGACACAAAUGGAGAAAACAACAGAAAUGUUGAAGAAAAACAGAGAGAAAAUUGCUGCCGCUCGUAACAAAGUGUUAACCACUGUUGAAGAACUCAUUCGAGUGUUAAAGGAGCACGAGAUCGCUAUGGUGACCAAGUUGGAUGUUAUUGAAAACGAACAGCAAAGAGAUUACUCAACACAGUUAGAACACUUUCAGAUAUCUGCCACGCAACUGAAAAUGUUUUUUGAACAUUGCCAAAGAAUUUUACAAGGAAACAACAGUGUUGAAAUACUUGAAUCGCAGCAGGGUGUCAUGGAAAAGUGCAAAGGUCUCCUAAAUGCGAAGAAAAUGACCAUUUAUAAACCAUCGCAUGUUCAAUACAAGGCAAAUGAAGAGGAUAUCCAGAGUGUUAGACGCGCGUCUCUGGGUGAAGUUGUUGUCAUUACAACUGAUCCUCUACAAUCAGUGGCGGAAGGGAAAGGCUUAAAAGAGGCAGAAGCUGGAAGAGAAGCUAGCCUAACAAUCACGACAAAGAAUUCAGAGGGGCAGCAGUGUUAUAACGAAAUCGAUCAGAUUGUUGUUAAAGUUCGCACUCUGUCUGAACAAGACCUCGACACCAACAUUGCAGACAACGAAGAUGGUAAAUAUAGCGUCACCUACACACCCGAAUGUGACGGACAUCAUGACGUGGUGAUUGAAGUUAAUGGUCAACCGCUGACCAGUAGUCCAUGGAAUGUUCACGUGAAGCCGCAUCAAUACCAUGCCGUACGUUCUUUUGGAUCACGUGGUAAAGGACAAGGACAAUUUGAUGACCCCUGCGACAUUGCAAUAAGCGACAAAACGGCGAACAUUGCAGUUGCUGACGCUUAUAAUAAUAGAGUACAGCUUUUCAACUCAGAUGGAAUUUAUUUGAGAGAGUAUGGUCAGAAAGGACUUGACGCCAAGACACUUAAUUGUCCCAUGUCAGUAGCAUUCAGCAAGUCUGGUGACGUCACUAUCUGUGAUUGUCUUGGUAUUUUUUGUUUCGCUGAAAGCGGUCAGUUCAUAGAAAAGAUCUCCAACAAACAUUUGAUCAAACCACCAUUCAUAACCAUUACUUGUGAUGGCCGCAUGCUGUUGUGUGACCGUGGUGACAAAACAGUCAAAGUCUGCUCCCCUGACGGUACAGAAUUGCUGAAGUCCUUCAGCUGUCCAGGCUUCGAUGAGCCUCCGUUGGUUGCUUUACAUCAUCAAGACAGGUUUUUUGUCUCCUAUGGCUCUGGUCACUGCGUCAAGGUAUUUAAUAAUGAAGGGGAAUUUCUAUAUGAUAUUGGCACAGAGGGGCCUGGUAAGCUGUGCGAAUCUUUUGGACUUGCUGUUGACAAGUUUAACAACUUGUUAGUCUGCGACGGUGAAAAUUGUAAAGUUUUUACACUGGAGGGAAAAUUUCUGAACUCGAUAACAGAGCAGCCCUCCCAACUUCAAUGCCUUUUUUGUGUUGCUGUGUCAAACGUUGGACAAGUAUUCAUUACUGAUACAGCAAAACAAUGUGUUCAUGUUUUUGAGUGAACAACUGUUUUAGCCAUUUCGAUUAUUAUAAGGAGUCUCGAGAUAGUUUUGUCUCAGAUUUUUGGGUGUUUCAGUAACAUUUUUUACGCUGUUUACAGAAAACAACUUAACAUAAGAUGGCUUCAACG